GAUUUCUUUUGUUUACCUUAACGUUCUCACGUAUGUGUAUGCAUAUGUAUGUAUGUGUGUGGAGGCGGCAUUGCAUUCUAAUAUUUUCGGAAAUGCAUAGUAAAUGACGAAUCUUCUUCUCAUCCAGCUAAAUGUUUUUAAAAUUUUAAACUUGUUUUUAAAAUCAAACGAAUGCAUUCGCGACUGACUUUGGAUCAACAGCAGCAUUUACAUCACCACUUGCAGCAGCAUUUAAAUACGUCAACAAAUUUUAAUCAUAUUUUGGAACGGUGUUGUUGUAAUGCUCUUGCUAUAAGUGGUCAUCAAAACCAACGGAAUCAACAACAUCCACAGUUCCUUCAACAAACCCAUCAGGCUUUAACGCCACAUCACCAUCAUCAUCAUCAUCACCACCACCAUCAUUACCAACAUCGCCAGGUACACCUGCACCAACAGCAAUCGUUGAGUCAACAGCAGCAACCACAACAGUUAUCUUCGCCAGUGCUGUCCGUUUUAUCAUCCACUCAACAACAACAACAACACCAUCAGCAGCCACAAACACAAUCCCAAAAGAAGCAAAACUCUAUAGCCCAUCGUUUGUAUCAUCAGUAUCACCAGCAGUCGACAGUCGUUGCUACCGUAUCUUCAAGCUGUUCGGCUGUAACUGCAGCUUCUCCACCAUCACACUUGCAGCUUUCACCUCCUCCACCUGCUCCUGCUGCAGCUUCAUUUUCAUCGUCUGCAAUUUUAUCACCAAUUCCACCGGCUCUCUCGGCGACGGCAUCAACAAUGUAUCGACGUCAUAACAAUUUAUCAUAUUGUGGUGUUUCAAACCAAGAUGCAGGCCAAAACUAUCAAGUUCAAUAUGUGGACACAGAGUUGUAUCAUAGCAAUUCAAGUCAAUCUCAAAUGGCCUAUCCAUUUUGUCCCAUUGGAGAUUAUCAGGCCGGUGGGCAGUCUUAUUAUUCCACAACGACAGCCCCCAAUUACUCCUCAGCAAUACCUUUGAAUACAUCCACACAUCCAUCUUCGUUGCCAUAUAUAGUUCCCGUGGAAGAAAGUCUGCUGUUAAAUACAUCCUCACAGUCUCAUAGCAGAGAUUCUCCACAUAGUUUAACGGAGGUUGCAUUUAUACAAGAGACCCAUAGUACAUCCCAAACGCCUACAUCUACAACUACAAACUCCGUAAAUAUCGGAAGUAUUAAUAUACAGGGAGGAAGUAGCUCCGGCGGAGGAAAUGUCUCUCCGGACCACGACCACAACACUUUAGGGAACACGAACAAAAUAGCCUCAGCGACUAUUAAAUGGCUGUCGCGGAAUUACGAAACUGCAGAAGGCGUUAGUUUGCCACGUUCAACAUUGUAUAAUCACUACAUACAGCAUUGCAAUGAAAGCAAAAUCGAACCUGUAAAUGCAGCCAGCUUUGGUAAACUGAUACGAUCCGUAUUUUCGGGUUUGAGAACUCGACGUCUUGGUACUCGAGGCAAUUCCAAAUAUCAUUAUUAUGGAAUACGCAUCAAACCAGAAUCGAUGCUUAAUCAAAUUCUUGACGAAAAGCCAGCAUUUCAAACACAAAUCUCAAAUACUGCUCACAUGACUCAGAGUCAAAGUCAAAAUCCUAUGACCCCCUGUAGUUCAAGUCCCAUUGCUGGGACAUCCAGUUCACUACACUCUGGUGGCCCUAACAAUAUGCUGCAUAAUAGUCGGUAUUCCAAAAAAUCACAUUCCUUUAAAACGGAAACACACGAAGCAUGUGGACAAUUUCUUGGCGAUGGUGCUGGAGCGAUACCAUCAUUUCCUACAAUCGAACUGGAUAACACAUUUGAUAGUGAGUUAACUCAAGAAGAUGUCGAAACAUUUCGUUCAAUGUAUCGUGAGCAUUGUGAGAAUUUUUUGGACGCUGUCUUAAACCUAGAAUUUAAUACUAUUGAAUUUCUGUGGCGAGAUUUUUGGCGUGAAAACAGCAGUAUAGAUGAGUGUACCGAAGAGGAGAAAUAUUUAACUAAAACUAAAUUAUAUUUAAUGUGUCACUGCACAGGCGUUCAGAAGUUCGUGCGUGAGAUUGACUAUCAAUUUUACCAGAAUAUAGUAGAUGUUAUAAUACCAGAUGUCUUAAGAUCUAUUCCAAACUCUUUGACGCAAGCCAUACGCAACUUUGCUAAAAAUAUGGAAAUUUGGUUAUGUGAAUCAAUGAUCGGUGUUCCUGAGCGCAUGGUACAAAUAAAAUCAUCAGCGGUUUCGGCAUUCUGUCAAACACUGCGCCGAUAUACGUCCCUCAAUCAUUUGGCUCAAGCAGCCCGUGCUGUUCUUCAGAACAGUGGCCAAAUAUCACAAAUGUUGAACGACUUAAAUCGCGUAGACUUUCACAACGUCCAGGAACAAGCCGCUUGGGUGUGUCAAUGCGAACCGGCCAUAGUACAGCGCCUAGAAAACGACUUUAAAUCUGCUUUGCAACAACAAAGUUCAUUGGAGCAAUGGGCUGCCUGGUUACAGGUGGUUGUAGAUUCAGCUUUGCAAGAUUAUUGCGGAAAGCCUGGAUAUGCUAAAGCUGCUCGGCAAUUUCUACUUAAAUGGAGUUUUUAUAGUUCAAUGAUAAUUCGAGACUUGACACUGCGGUCUGCAUCCAGUUUUGGCAGUUUUCAUUUAAUACGUCUACUCUAUGAUGAAUAUAUGUUUUACUUGGUCGAACAUAAAAUCGCGGAAGCCCAUCAGAAAACGGCCAUUGCAGUUAUUUGCGAUCUAAAGCACAAAGAAGUGGAAUUUGAUUUUGGCUACCAACUGGAAUACAUUGCUGCUGAUAGUGUUGUAAAUGAGCGUGGACCUAAACGAAUGAAACAUGAAUGAGUUAGACAUUAUCGUAAUAAAGAAUUCCAAGAUAGGGAUCUUGGAAUAACGCAUACCACCAGAGUGCUUUGUUAACGCACAAAGUAUCAUCAUAGUACCUUAAGAAACAAAUGCUCAUACAUAUAUAAGUAUAUAUGUAUGUAUGUAUGUACAUUAGGGCAAUAACUUUUUUACAUGUUUUGCAAAUAUCAAAAGGGCCCUAGCAUAGUCGAAUAGACCAAUGAAAGUUAUUUAAAAAACUUGGUAUUACUUUUUCGCGCUUGUCAAAAAAGUUCACCCACAAAACGCUGUAAAGUUUGGAGAUAAUUUUUUUAUUUUCUUUUUAUAUCCAAAAACCGCAUUUUUUUUUUUAUAAAUAUAUAGUAUAUCAACCUGACUCGAAUCUUUAUUUAAAAUUUGCGGUAACUGGACAAAUCUGCUAUUUUAAUAUAAAAAAAGUAAAAAAAAAAAUUAAUAAACAUUUUGCCUUUAAAAAAUAGUUUUUGUGGGUGAGGUUUUUAUUCCAAAAUGACCCGAAAAAAAUUUUAUCUUAAAUAACACAUGUGUCAUCGCGUGGUGCUAGUACCUAAAUUUGGUUAUUGCCCUAAUAUACAUAGAUAUAUAUGGACAUUGUACAUACUGUGUAUAUUUUUGGCUGACUUCAUAAACACAGUUUGCAAUGCAACACUGCAAAUAAAUUCGUUUACAAGGCAAAGCAAUACUUUAUGACAAUACUGCUUUGUCAAACUAUGCAAUGACAUUUCAGUAAAUACAUUUUUUUUCUGGUAAAUUUACGUAAAAUUACAUAAUUAUUUACAUAAACAAAAAUUCAUUUCUAACAACAUAUCUAUAAUUUUCUUUUGCCUGCAAAAUAAUUGUAUGAAGAACUCAAACAAAGUAUGUAUUAAAGAAUCAUAAAUAAAAACAAGGCUCAAAUUUUAAAAAAAUUUGCGCAUUGAAAAGCAUUGUCAUGCAAUAAUGAACUUGUAACAUUGCCAAAACAAAAUCUACUGAGUUUAUGAACGCUAUGCUUGGCAGUGUUGCAUUGUAAAUUGAGUUUAUGACAUGAGAAGAUCUCGUGUAACAGCGGCUUUAGAAAAAUAUUUAUAUGUAAAUGUAUGUAUGUUGAUGCUCAUCGAUAACUACAUUCUAAAACAUGCCAAGUCAUAGACACAUUUUCGAAAUCCGCCUAAAUAUUUUAAUUAAACUGAUGGACUAUAAAAAACAUAAUACAAUUACAAGCCAAUCAACAAAAUACUAAAGUUCUAUUUCCUACCUCUUCUGAGAUAUCGUUAAAACCCUUUGAUGUUUUACACAUUUCAUUGACUUAUCAUGUUGUAGAAUGAAGGUAUCGACAUGUACAUAUCGGACCUAUCCAUACUGUAAAGAUCAUGAACAAUUAUGAAAAUAUGUACAUACAUUGGAAUUCGAUCGCGUCGAUCGCAUUUAAGUUUUGAAAAUAAAGAUUUUAUAUGUAUGUAGUACUAUGUAUUUAAUUUAAAUGUUUAAUAUUGAAAAAUAUUUUAAAAAAUAAACAAACCAUGUCUAAUAUAAGGUAAAAUUUUGGAAUUACAUACUUUCAAAAUAAUAAACAUUUCCAUAAAAAAAUCA